AUGCCCAUCUCCAGAACCAGCAUCAUAUUCGUCUCCGGCGCCUGGCAUACCUCCUUCCACAUCCAACCAGUAAUCCCACACUUAGAAAAAGCCGGCUAUCGGAUCAUACCAUGUACCCUCCCAGCAGCCGGGACCAAAGGCUCCACAUACGAGGAAAACUACACUGCGAUCCAAAACGCAGCGGAAGAAGAACUCGCCCUCGGCCAGAAUGUCGCCCUAAUCCUGCACAGCGCCGGUGGAGCCAGUGGCUGUGAAGCCGUCAACCAGCUCCUGGCCAGUCCCGUCAACACUUUCGCAGACAGCAUCCAGAUCAUCUUCCUCGCCUCCUUCAUCGCGCAUGAACACAUCACCAAGCGCUUAAUGGAGGAAGGACACAUCCGCUUCGACGCGGGGGAAGGUGUCAUCUACCAUGAGAAGCCGUAUGAGGGCUUCUUCAACGAUAUGGAUCGAGAGAAGGCAAGGCCUUUCGUGGAGGCUUUGACGUUCUUUCAGCCGACGCAGGUUGAGUUCUCGUCAGAUGUGUGGCAGAAGGUGCCGUUGACGCAUGUGGUGUGUGAGAGGGAUGAGUCUGUGUUGCCGGAGACGCAGGUGGCGUUGGCGGAGCAGUAUGGGAUGAAGGUGGUGAGGCUUGAUGCGAGGCAUGAUCCUUUUGUUAGCCAGCCGGAGAAGUUUGUGGAGGUUGUUGAUGGGAUUCUGAAGGGGUGA